AUGGAAACCCGUCUCGAGUACGGUAAUACUUCGGCGAAACGUUUGUCCGACCAAAUUCAUGAGCCCAGCGCUGAUGCGCAAACUUCUUGCACUUGGACAAUUUCCUCUGCCACAGUCCCGCUCCUUGAGUCUCUUUUCAUUCCAGCCAUGGCUGCGGCGGACCCGCCGGCAGGUCUCAUGGACAUCGCCAGCACUCUGUCCCAAGAUGAAAUUCCAUUCAAGCUGCGAUGUGCCAUCUGCAACAAGUUGGCGGUGAAUGCGUUUCGCCUUCCUUGCUGCGAUCAGUCAAUCUGCGAGACCUGCCAAGCAUCUCUCCCCGAUACCUGCUCAGUCUGCGCGCAUUCGCCGGUUUCGCCAGAUCUGUGUAAGCCAAACAAGGCACUGCGAACUACCUUGAAGGCCUUUUUGCGCACGGAGGAGAAGAAACGCGAGAAGGAACGACAGUCAGCAACACUCACGCCCGUCAUUACCACCCCCGCGGAAAACGAUUCAACUCCCACAGAGGCGGUUCUCGAGCAGAAGCAGGCCGGCCAGCCUUCGGUGGAGCUCGCUGAGACUAAUGCGCCUGCGGAGGCGAAAUCUGUUGAAGCUACAAAUGAGGUACCGGCGUUGGAUGUGGCAGCAGACACCGAUGUGCCUGGACCGGCGGAGCCAGUAGAAGAACCCGAAAUCAACGGCCACGCCGAACCCAAUGGUGAUCACGCUCCCGGUGUUACCACAGCUCUAGCUACCGAGGCAGACGCCCAGCCUACUAUCAAUGGUGACGGGCCAGCUGAUGAUCCUGCCCCAAACGAGCCAACCCAACAACUCGAUACCAACAUGAUGAACAUGGGCCCCGGAGGCUUCGCUAAUAUGGCUGGUUGGAAUGGAAACAACAAUUUCAGCGGGAUGAACCCUUACAUGGCAAACCCAAUGUUCAAUUUUGCUAAUGGCAUGGGCAUGCCCAUGACGAUGGACCCGAUGGCCGCAAAUCAGGGGAUGUUCGGAGAGUACGGGAUGAACAUGACUGGUAUGGGCAUGAACAUGGGAAUGAACUUCAACGGGCAGGGCAUGUAUGGAGGAUGGGACGGCUCUCAGCAAAACAUGUGGCAAGGCGGCCAAGAUAACUUCAAUCCAAAUGCUUUUGCAAAUGGCACGGGCCCUCCCUAUGGAGGAGGAGCAUUUGGCGGGUCUAAUAUGUCUUACCCUUCUAACUCGGACUAUCAGUCUGGUUACUACGGGCCGGGAUAUGGCCGUGGUGGUGGGUAUCGAGGUCGUGGUCGCGGCUAUUACCACGGUGGUCCCGGUCGAGGUGGUUAUGGCGGCCCUAGACCGGGUCAUUUCCCUUCUACUGGUAACUCUGCACUUCCUAACGGUCAACUUAGCCCCGCUGGUGUCUCAGUCGGAACUGAUGGAACCCCCGGCAAUAUUGAAGAUCCCUCCCAGAUGAAUGAGACUGCUGGUACAGACCCCGUAUCAAAUGCAAACACUGAUGGCACCGCGAAGACAGCUCCUGGGCCUAGCGCUACAGAUAAUCAGGGCCAGCAAUUACAAGGGAUCCCCACUAUUGACAGCCUCGACCAAGGCUCUGGCUCGAUGGAACCUAACGGGUAUCACAAUCAUAUGGGUCCUGGAUAUGGACGAGGCGGAUACAUGCGAGGUGGCCGUGGGGGUGGAUACUGGGGUGGAAUGCCCGGCGCACAUCAGCCUCAGCCGGAGCCCCGUAAUCCUGGUGUUGAGGGUGCGCCUGCUGCGCCGCGUGCAAUGCGACAAGGUCUCCCCAAUACGAGUGUUUUCCGGCAACGCGGAUUUCAUGCUCAUGGGAAAGCGUCGGUUAGCAGUAAUACGCCGGCGACGUCGCAGAGAGGAAACUCUGAAGCCCCUCAAGAAGCUCUGCAGACUCGAUCUCCGUCCAGAGCUCCAUCACAAGCCCAGGCGCCAGCAUCUCGAUCCCGCUCGCCAUCUCAGCCCCGGGCUUCUCGAGCCCGUUCACCUCUCGAUGAUGAUCGGGGCAGUCACCGAGAGACAGAGUCAAGACGACCAGAUGCUAUUCAGGAACUCCAACUAGCUGACCGCCGCUCACGCUCCGCAUCACGAAUGUCCUCCCGUCGAUCAUCAAGACGCAGAGACCGUGACGAGGAUCGAGACCGAAAAAGCGGUCAUCGUUCCCACCGGUCUCGUCGCCACCAUAGCCGAGGCGACAGCCACAGUCGUAGUCCCACAAGGAAUGGAGAUGCACGCUACCCCGAUCGUCUGAGGCAGAUCGCGGAGGAGACGGCACCCAACGGUCACAGCAAGGUAUCUGCCGAGACUGGUGAGCGCGGCGAUCUGGCUAGUCGGAUCAGUAAUGGCCACCGAUCUAGCAGAGAUGGACACGGCCGACGUGAAGAAGAUCGUGACCGUGCUCGAGACGGCCGUCGUCGUGACAGGGAUCGAGAGCAGGGCAGACGUGACCGGGACCGGGAUCGGGAUUCAGAACGAGACCCCCAGCAAAACCGAGAUCGAGAUCGCGAUCGCGAUCGAAGAGGCGAACGAGAACGCGACCGCGGUCGUGACCGUGGUGCUGAUCGUGAAAGAGAGCGCAAGCGUCGUCGAGAGCGCUCCGAAUCUACCCACGCCAACGCCAACUCCAACGAUCGCACCUCUCAGCCCCAAGCUCGCCGCGUCAAAACCAACGGUGAAGACCGGACCCGCGAUGCCUCACGAGCUCUAGCAGCCAAGUCGGAAUCCGAAAAGGAUCCAUACACUUUGGAACGGGAAGCCCGGAAUCGGGAACGUCUCCUGCGCGAACAACAGAAUCGAGACAGCGCCAAAUCGAGUACCUCUAAAUCCAGCCACCGCCGCGAUAGUCGUCAGGAACGCCUUGUUGGUGGGCGGCGCAUCAAUUACAAGUACGAGGAUGAGCUCUAG